AUGUCAUUUGCUGAUUUUGGAACUAGCGGAAAUGGUGCUAGCAGAGGUUAUACAGGACAGUCUUUGUCUGCAGCAGUGGAGAUUCCAUUGAGUCAGGCAGGCAUAUCAUCUUCCAAUGCACAAGGCACACCGAAUGUUUCUGAAGAGUUUCGCAGGCUUUGGAACAGUGUAUCAGAAAGUAUAUUCAAAGUAUCGAGCAAUGUAGCAACGAUCCAGAGAUUACAAAACCUGUUUGGUGGACAUCAGGAUACACCAGCAAUGCACCAGCAAUUACACGAUGUGACGGAACAAACUCGCAGUCUAAUCAAGACCAUCAGUUUGGAUCUAAAAAAAGUGAUGGCAGUCAAGCCAUCCGAAGGAGAUCGACAAACUCGAAUUACACAAAAGAAGCUCCAAAAGGAUUUCGAGGCAAUACUUCGUAGAUUUCAAGAAGAGUCGAGGAUAGCGGCGGAGAAAUCGAGAGAAUUUGUAUCAAUGGCACGAGCGCGCAAAGCAUUUGACUUGGAAGAAGCUACAGAGGAUGAACCACUUCUUGGACACACUCAGCAAUUGACACAACUGCGAGCACUGGAUGCGGAAGUAGAGUUUAAUGAAGCAUUGAUUGUUGAGCGAGAGCAAGAUCUGGUUGGAAUUGAGCGGUCAAUUCAGGAAGUCAAUGAGAUUUUUCGAGAUCUGGGCACAUUAGUGAAUGAGCAGCAAUAUUUACUGGAUAACAUUGAAAGCAAUGUGGGAGCAACGGCAGUUCAUGUCGAAGGAGCACACAUAAUAAGCUUGAUAGUGUUGGCAUUUCUUCAUCCGUGGACAUGGGUAAAGUAA